GACAACAUGGCGAGUGUCCGUGCCGCGUCCCGUCUCCUCUCCAAGAGGGUUUUAUCGAAAUCAAAAGCUGUGCCUGCUGCUGCAGUUCAGGGCUCCAGGAACUUUCACUUCUCCAUUUAUGGCAAGAAGAACAAUGCCAAAGUAUCAGAUGAUAUCUCUACUCAGUACCCAGUUGUGGAUCAUGAGUUCGAUGCCGUGGUGGUAGGAGCUGGAGGGGCAGGACUAAGAGCAGCCUUUGGCCUGUCAGAGGCUGGCUUCAACACUGCCUGCGUCACCAAGCUCUUCCCCACCAGGUCUCAUACUGUGGCUGCACAGGGUGGGAUCAAUGCAGCUCUGGGGAACAUGGAGGAGGAUGACUGGAGGUGGCAUUUCUACGACACAGUGAAGGGAUCUGACUGGCUGGGAGACCAGGAUGCAAUUCACUACAUGACAGAGCAGGCUCCUGCAGCCGUAGUGGAGCUGGAGAACUUUGGCAUGCCGUUCAGCCGCACUGACGAUGGGAAGAUCUACCAGAGGGCAUUUGGAGGUCAGAGUCUCAAGUUUGGAAAAGGAGGCCAGGCUCACCGCUGCUGCUGUGUAGCCGACAGGACCGGACACUCUCUACUUCAUACACUAUAUGGACGAUCACUCCGUUACGACACCAGUUACUUUGUGGAGUACUUUGCCCUGGACCUGCUGAUGGAAAAUGGAGAGUGUAAAGGAGUAAUCGCUCUCUGCAUGGAGGACGGAUCCAUUCACCGCUUCAGAGCCCAGAAUACUGUCAUUGCUACUGGGGGUUAUGGAAGAACCUAUUUCAGUUGCACAUCUGCCCACACUAGCACAGGAGACGGAAAUGCAAUGGUGACAAGAGCUGGCCUGCCCUGCCAGGACCUGGAGUUUGUACAGUUCCAUCCUACUGGGAUCUAUGGAGCCGGUUGCCUGAUCACAGAGGGUUGCCGCGGUGAGGGAGGGAUCCUGAUCAACAGCGAGGGAGAGCGCUUCAUGGAGCGCUACGCACCCAAUGCCAAAGACCUGGCCUCCAGAGACGUGGUGUCACGCUCCAUGACAAUAGAGAUCAGAGAGGGCAGGGGUGUCGGGCCGGAGAAGGACCACGUGUACCUGCAGCUUCACCACCUGCCUCCUCAGCAGCUGGCCACAAGGCUGCCUGGUAUCUCGGAGACGGCCAUGAUCUUUGCUGGAGUCGACGUCACCAAAGAGCCCAUUCCUGUCCUGCCCACGGUUCAUUAUAAUAUGGGUGGAGUUCCCACAAACUACAAGGGACAGGCGAUCACUCAUACUAACGGAGAGGAUAAGGUGGUUCCUGGACUGUAUGCCUGUGGUGAGGCAGCAUGCGCCAGUGUCCACGGUGCCAACCGACUGGGUGCCAACUCCCUGCUGGAUCUGGUGGUGUUUGGCAGAGCCUGCGCCCUCACCAUUGCAGAGGAACACAAACCUGGAGAGACUCUGUCUCCUCUGAAGUCCAGUGCAGGAGAGGAGUCUGUGGCCAAUCUGGACAAGCUGAGGUUUGCUAACGGAAGCCUGAGAACCUCUGAGAUCCGACUGAACAUGCAGAAGACCAUGCAGGCUCACGCUGCAGUGUUCCGUACUGGCGAUGUCCUGAAGGAGGGAUGCGAGAAGAUGGAUGCUAUUUACAAGAGCAUGGAUGACAUCAAGACCUUCGACAGAGGCAUUGUGUGGAACACAGAUCUGGUGGAAACCCUGGAGCUGCAGAAUCUGAUGCUGAAUGCCGUCCAGACCAUCAACUCUGCUGAGCAGAGGAAGGAGAGCAGAGGAGCUCACGCCAGAGAGGACUUCAAGGACCGUGUCGACGAGCAUGACUACUCCAAGCCCGUGCAGGGUCAGGAGACCAAGCCUUUCGAACAGCACUGGAGGAAACACACUAUGUCCUACGUUGAUCCCAAGACUGGCAAGGUGACCCUGGAGUACCGCCCUGUUAUCGACCACUCUCUGGAUGAGCAGGCCUGCGCUCACGUCCCACCUGCCAUCCGCUCUUACUAAGAGACCUCCUCUUCCUCCCCUGGUCCCCUCCCUCAUCUCCGCCUUACUCAAUGAGUGAAUUUAUGAUCUACUAUUUAACAAGAUACGUCUUCUGUAAAGGAGAUGAUGUUUUGGGACAAGUUUUGCUUUCAGUUGCACAUUUGUACUCAUUUAGAAAUGGUUAAAUACACAACUGUCUUGUCGGCUUCAUCCCUUUGUGUCACUUUCCUGUUUCCUCUAAUUUUUUCGUCUUGUGUGUGCAUCAGGUAAUAUCAACGUGCUCUUGUGACCUCUCAUACCUUGUGAGCUGGUUUUGUAUAUCCAUAUCCCUUGAAACACUAGAGAAAGGUGAAGAAAUGUGGAUUUUUCAGCUUUUAGCUGAUGAGCACAGGGAAAUAUAAAAAGGAAUAGUCAGCGUGUUACAACACCUAUGCGCAACUUUUUGUGACGACACUAUAGUGUAAUUUCGUGGUCUUGCAUUGCAUUAAGAAUGUAAGCAGAGUGACAGUUGGUCAAAUCUGAGAAAGCUUUCAAAUUCGAGCUGAAGUGAGGAGAUGAUGGAAAUUGAUGGAAGUCGCACCUCAGAGGAAGUGUUGAGUUUGUAAAUAUGGCAUAAAUGUACAAUAAACAUGGCAACUUAUACUGUAUGUACUUGUUAUGUACUACUAUGUUAAGUAUAAUGUAGUCUUUUCUCACAUACCAUUGCCUUCGGUUUUUGAUAUUUGUGUGGUCUAAAUGGUUAAAUACAUAUAACUGUUCAGUAGAUAAUCAGCUUUAGGUUUAUCAAUAUAUUCCCAUUAACCAAAUUAUCAGCUUGAAUCUUUUUAGCCACAUGGUGUCGGAACAAUGACAUGUUUUGGUGUGUUGUCGUUUGCUUUUGAGGGUAAAUUCCAGUGAGGCUGUGUGAAGUGCACAGAGCUGUUUUAGGUAUUGGGCCUUUUACAUAGUAAGUGAUUUGUUUUCUCUCAUAAGUUAUGAAUUAUCCAGAGUCCAGACAUCAGUGUCAACUCUUAAGUGCUUGAAAAAAUGAUAAGAUUCAAGUGGAUUCUACAGAAACAGUCGCACGUUAUGUCAAUUUUAAGUGUGAUUUCCCAAACCACUGGAAUUCACUUCCUGUACCUCGAUUACAACUUUUACAAUUUAACAAAUGCAUGUGUUUCUUGUACUGAAUCACUCAAAGGUUAACAUAAUUUAUUUGGCUGUUUUAAAAAACAAGCAACAAGUUUUUUCCAUCUGCAUGUAUUUUCAUAUGUUCAAUAAAGUGUAGACUACGCAUAGAUACAAAA